AUGAGUGCCGCAUUGAAUCUUAAAUCUUCUGUGAAGGAAACAAAUAACAACGCUAUUUCAUAUAGUAAUAAUAUAUCAAGAUAUGAGUGGGGGAAAAAAUGUCUUCAAAGAAAUACGGCUUGCAAAAAAAGAAAGAGAGAUGCUACUCAAGGUGUUGAAAACUUAAAUCUAAGAACCAAUGAAAAUACAAAUCCUGAUAAAACUAUAAUGAAAUAUUACAUAAACCAGGGAAAAAUAUUCCUGAAUACAAAAAGAAAUCUUGAAUAUGUCAUGAUUAACCAUAAGGACAAAUAUAAUGUCAGAAAUGGGUUGAAUGAGAUUAAGCCAUACGAAGAUAUUAAAGAAACUAUAAAUAAUGAUUCAAAUUUGAUAUUAGAUGUAGAAUCAUCUUUAUCAACUUCCUGUUGUUCCAUAUCUACUAAAUUAUCUGACUUUUCAUUAUUAGGUAAUAGGAGAGUUUUUUCAAAUCAGUAUGAUAUUUUUUCCCCACAGAUAUCAGAAGAAAGAAAAAAUACAUUAGGCAAAAAACGUUUUCAAAAACAAAUCUCUGUAAAUGAGAUAAAAAAGAACAGUAUUUUAUCACAAGAUAAUAUAAAAUUCUGUGAUAAAAAUUCAAUUGAUGGGAUCCACGACACAGCAGAGAAUAUUGGAGCUUCAACUACAAAAUACUUAUUCUCUCAGUGUAAUUUCAACAAUAUUAAUAAUGAUAUUAAUAGUUUGAAAUACCCAGAUUGUGAUAUCCAGUCACUACUCCAGUAUAUUGAUUAUACUAGUAAAAUGCAUCAUGAAGACGACAGCAAAUUCCUGGAGAGUAUAUCCAAAUUUCAAAGUUCGUCAAUUAAUAGAAUCUGGGAACCUGACGAAAUAGAAUCUAACUGUAUACGAGCAGUCUCCUCCAGAAAAAGAGAUAUUAUUAGAAAUAACGAGAAAGACCAAUAUAUAGACAACGUACCAAUGCCAAAAGAUGAUCCUGAAAUCAUAACCAUAACUUCAACUAAUUAUAAAAGUGAGAAAAAAUAUAAAUUUAGUUUUUGGAAUAAACAAAGCGCUAAAUGGUGUCUCAAUUUUAGACCACAUAAAGCAGGAUCAACGGAUAAUGAUAAUAAGGAUAAACUAACCAUCGUAUCAUUCAAGAAACAUUCUGAAGAAAACAAAGUUCAGGAAGACAAAUAUUUUCACUUAAAGAAUGUUUUAAUUCUAAAGAAGAGAUUGAGAUCAAUUUUACCCAAUUGUCUUAGAUUGGUUAAAGAUUUUGAUUGUGACAGCAAAACCUUCAGAUUUUACCAAGAACAAUUGGUAUAUACUAAGUUGAUAAGUCAAGAACUUUUAUUGCCAAAAGAAAGGGAAAACUGUUUUAAAACAGUUUUAAAAUCUUUAAUACCUAGAUCCAACAAAAUUAGUAAGAAGAAUAAUAGAAUCGAUGAGAUAAUUGAAGAAGCUUUAAUUUCAGAGGGCGACUGGAAACCAAAUUUUGUUGGAAAACGAAAAGUUCCAAGAAGACACAUAAUACGAGUAUGGAACAAUAAACAAUUUGAAGAAAUGGUAAUUAAGGAUUAUAUUUAUAAAGAAUGUGCUCCCAAUGGAUUUGAAUAUAUUAGAAGGAAAAAAGCGAAGCAAAUAAUGGAAAAUUAUAUUUAUCAAACUUGUGCCCCGGAAGAGUUUUAUAAAAUGUAUAAAAAUAUACAGAGAGGAUCGACUAAACAUAAGAUUUCCAAUAAAAAUCUCCCCGACAUUAUAGAGAGUAUGACUGUAAAUGACGUCAAAGAGUUGUAUCCUGAUCUGUAUUACCAUGUGGAGCACAUGAUAAGCAUUUAUAAGAACAAUUAUAUACUAUAA